CGAAUUCCUCUAUAAUAUGAAUUUUUUUUUAUUGAGACUUCGUAAUAUUAUGUAAGUUUCACUGUAUGUAUAUUAUAAUACAAGUCGUAUUGGCGUAUUGCUCAACUCUGUCAUAAACAAACAAAGUACAAACUACAAACGUAUACAACAUACAUCACAGACUAUUAGAAAAAUUCGCAGUAAAAACCGGACAGUUGGUGCUACGAGUGUAUUCCUCUCUCUCCACUUAGUUUCAGUGAUCAGAAGUUUGGUCGGUCUUAUUUCCCCAUAUGUUUAUUAGGAUAUCGAGACCCGUUUCAUUGAUGUUAUUUGCUUUUCGAUAUUGAACCAGUAGUUUUGAAAAUUAUCCCAAACAAACAUAUAGACGGACUUUAUUUUAGAUUUCUACCUAAAUAUAAUUAUAUAUUAUAUAUCAUAGUAUAGUAUUACUAUAUUAAUUUUGAACUAUAAAGGUAUAACAUAAUAUACACUCUGCUUCACUUCCUCGCAAAACAAUACCAACCAACCAACAACAACACUUUAAAAUACACGUUGCAAAAAAUAUCUCACUCCGAUGUAUUUUAAUACAAUUCUGUAAUACGCACACACACAUUUAUUUAUUACAUAAGACGUAAGAACCACCGUAUUAGCUCGAUAUAUAAGUAAUAUACCAUUUUGGCUCGCCAAAAAGUCAAACAAUGAGUAAGAGUCGAGUGAACUUAAUAAAUUAGGCUAAUGUAUUUUUAAUGGAACGUUUCUCGAUUGUUGUUCAAGAGCAAAUUCCAUUAUUCCCGGUCUCUAUAAUAAUGUAAAAGUCACAUUUAAAUCUCGCAUUGUUUCCCGAACAAAUAACGUGGCAUGCCAAUUGAACGGGAUCUAAGAAAAAUAAAAAUCAUUUACAGUCGUCCGUUCGCCCGAACAGUCCCGCCCUCCGAUACAUUGCAUCAUCGUGUCUCGUGUUAUUAUUUUGUUUUUCACUUCCGUUCAAUAUAUAUAAUAAAUCCUUUGGAAGGCGUCGGAAAAACGCCAUUUCGUCACGUUGGCGACGAACCUACGUAAAUGAUUCCGGCUGAUAUCCCACAAACAACAAAUAAACAUUUCGGUCGAUUACCCUCCGAAAACGCGCGCUGACCAAGUCGAGCAAACCUGAGAAGCGAAAUGGCGCGUGCAAAUUAACAAAGACAAAUCUACACGUGUAACGUCCGAAAACAUUAUAAAAUAGCAAAAGUGUGUUGGCAUAAAGCAACGCCGAAUAAUGGCGGUCCAUUAUUGUGGUCUGGACUAGAAGAAAAUGUCCGGUUUCCGGUCAGGCUGGGAUAUAAUCAUUUUGUUUUUGUUUUUUUAUACUAUUACAAUAUAGACGACAUUUUGUAUAAUAUGGAGACUGUUGGGCAGGUGUUUCGUUACCUACUUUAACAGGAGCUCAAGUUCAUUUGUCGUCAUGAUUUAUCGGAAGACUCCUUGAGGUCAUGCACUGCAGAUAUUCAAAAGAACACAUAAUUUAUCGUAUAAUCAUAUAAGUGUAUAGGGAAAGUCAAGAAUUGUGGAAUAUAUUGUUGAUACAUUGUAUUAUCUUUAAACAUGAUAUAAUCCCAAAAUUUAUCUUUGGUCCUGGAUGGGUUAAUGGUGUUCUGACAGUCAUUUACCCAUCGUCUACAACACUGCAGCAGUUGAGUAGAUUUCCGUCGUAUAACAUUAUGAGACCACCGCAUAAUUCAUUAUGAUAUCGCGCGAGGAGUAAUAUAGAAUAUGAAAUCGAAAUACACUGUCGUUUUUGAAAUUUUUUUUAAAACGCUCAUAGAAGUCGUUGCCGGACGACGAUGAUCAACAUCACGCGUUUGUUUUGGACUAUCCUGAGAUCCGGCGACUGUGAGCAGUCAACAAACAUACUUCAUAAUAUUAUACCUAACCCGACCUAAUACGAUACCAUAUACCAUAUAUCAUACCGCGGUACGCACCAUGAGCGUUUUGAUGUUCUUUAACAACGGUGACGAAGAGAGUUGGCCGUCAGACGAGGCGAUUGAGCGGUACAGAAAUCAGAACGCCGGCGACGGACGUGCCGUGAAAGUUUUCGAUUACCGGACGGGUCCGCCAUCGAUAGUGGACGCCGUUGACCGGGAAUUCCGACUGUCGGGACACCACGGCCACGGCGUCCGGUUAGUGCUGACCGGUUACCGGGACCCGGCAUUGGCCAGAUGGUUAUACCGGGAACGAGGGUUGCCCGUGAACGUGAUAUUCUCAUCCGUGGACAUAGCGGACGGCAGCGACUGGUCCGAAUCGCUCUGGUCGGACGACGGCAUCACCAUGUCCGGGUGGAACUGCUCAGCCGGUAUCGACGACAACGACGACGACCUUGACAUAAUCAGUCAUGUGCUGCGAUUCGUCAACGACUUGUGCUACGAUUACCGGCGGUACGCACGCGGCCUACGCAACAUACCCUCGGUGGCCACCGCCGAAGUGGACAGCACGCAGGACGGCGUGUACGCGUCCAUCAUGGACACUUUCGGCAAAGGUGUCCAGGCUGUCGAACCCGUUCUGGACGCCAUCUUGGAACAGUUGUGCGGCGCGGCGCGUGCAGACUCAGCGGCGACAGACGACGGCCGGUGGACGUUGGCGUCCGGUGUGGUCGAAGAAGGUGACAGGGCGGCCGAAGACGCAGCUCGCUUGGUAUCGUCCAGCUUUAACUGUUCCGCUGCGGCCGCGCUCGAUUACACAAAACGGACUACCCGGGUGGCCGCGUCUUUCGCGUCCACGUUUUGGCACAAACAUGCUAAAAUCACUCCGACGCACACCGACCGCACACUGGCUGCGUGCUUGACCGAAAACCUCAGGGCCGUCGCCGACCCGGAACUCGCGGAGUUGUCGGCUGAACAUUUUGAUAUGUGCCUGAACGCCAAGUUCAUCGCCACCAGACGUUGGCGGUGGACAGUCGGCGGCGCAUCGUCUGUGGCCGGGUCCGCGACGGCGGUCGGCCCGUCGUUGUUCCGGCCGGAAAUCCGGCAACGCUGCGAACGGUUUUUGGCCGUGGAUCAUCUGCAGGACUUAAUGGCCGCCGGCGAUGACGUCGCCGGAAAACACUUCAUAAUUCGGAGUCAUGUGGAACACUUGGAACCGCACGUCUUGCCCCAAAGACUGGUGGACUACGCGUCGACACACUUCGACUACGAAGUUCGAUACUUUGCACUCACCGACAAGCUGGUGUUUAGAUUCACGGAUGGUGGACGCGGGCGUUUCGUCGAGCAGAGUCACUUGCACAGGUUUGCGGGGCCCACCAAUUUCAAAGAGUUCCAUAACGAGGCGUUUCGGACGAUAGACUUUAAGAGUGGUAACUACGAUGCUGGCCGUCCUUUAGCGAUGACCGAUCCGAACGUGUUUCGGUACCGGGCAUUCGGUUACGUUGACGCGUCAGACUACGCGGUACACUACGUGUCGGUUACCGGCGAUACCGAAAUUCGGGCUGAAGUGUACGAGCUCCGCGACGACGACAGCGGAAGUUCGGUGUUAGCAGGUGAACAGCGGUACCGGAUGAAAGUGGAAUGUGGCGAGUUUUGGGUGACCAUUCACAGCGCGAUAACGGCGAGCAGUGGUGAACGGCAAACCGAGCUGACCGUCGGCCUGACCGACGGUACCGUGGUCGCGGUGACCCGGCUGCCCAGCGGCGAUUUCGUCGUGACCCCGCGGAACGCGGACAGCCUCACGGACGACCACAGCCAACGAUACGUGUGGCCAGAUGGCCGGCCGGUGUUUGAGUUUUUUGACGACGUGGUCACCGUAAUCUCGGCUGACGGCACAUGUACGUCCGCUGACUUCGGGCAAGCCGAUCACUUUGUGUGCGUGACGUACCUGUCAGACGGUGCCAAAGUCCGGAUGACGAUGACCAGGCCAGUCGUACAGUUUUGCCAGGGCUCCGAGUCCGGAGAACCAGUGACCGACGACAAGUACUUAGUAUGCCGCAGGGACCUGUCCGGUUACGAGUUCGUCAACCACCACAAGUCGCGGCGGACAGUCUGUCAAGUGCGCGAGGGUUCCGACCAUGAGACGCCAUGGCCGGUGACAGUGGUGAGAACACUUACCCAAAACCGGUUCGACGACCGAAUGGCUGAGUUGGUGGACAAGGCUCUGGCCGACCACCUGAUAACCAUUAAAACGUUGGCUGAUAGGUUGAACGCCGUACUUCCGGUCAACGAUGACGACGUUGACGACGAACUAGAUGAACUCGACGAACUUAACGGAGAAACCUCUCUCGUCUCUCAUCCCUCCGUAAACAUGUGAUUACGCAAGACCACUACUCGUUGGCACAACAAACACUGACUUGAAAUUUCAAAUUUACCCCCAAAAUGAUUAUUUUUUCAAUUCGAUCGUAUAACGUGUUUAUGGUUUCGAUAACCAUCUGAAGAGCUGUUGAACUACAUUGGUACAUUUGGUCGAAACUUAACCGAUCAGUAUUUGCUUUGUCAUCGUUUUCCGGGUUAUCAAUAAUUUUUAGAAAGCUGCAUGAGAAGUUCUAAAUUAACUAAAAUACCGUCCGUAAUCAAUUUCCAAUUUAAAAGUUAGUCCAUGAUAUUCUUAUGAAUGCCUCCAGAUAAAACAUGUUUGUUCUGAGUUAUCUAUGACUUCCAUUGCUCACUCUAAGUCUAAAAUAUAAUAUUGCUAUGACUUAUAAGGAUUUCAAAUUUGCGUACCUGUGUUUAUUGUUUUCUAAAAAACAUAAUACUAUGCAAUGCGUAAUUAAAAUAAAUGAUCGCGAUAUUUAAUUUAAAAGUAGGUAUAAUUUUAUACAACAAUAAAUAAUAAUCAUUGUGUGUAGCUUGUUUACAAUUCACCGACAUUAUUUACGUUUUAAAUUUUUUUAAAACAAUUAAAACGCAAUUAAAUAUUACGUAAUAUUAUAUCGUUUUAAUAAUUAUUAUCAAAAAAAAAAAAAUACUUCAUGUUACCCAUAUUUGCCUAUUUGCAUGCAUUUAUCCUCGCAUAUUCACUAUUUUUUUUUCCAAAUUGGCUUUACGCUCUUUAUCAUAAUAAUAACGUACCUAUUGUCAAACGUUAUUGACGUCGGUCAAAAGUACAGUUUAUUGAUUUAUAAUGCCGUUUUUAUCGUUAUUGUUAAUUUUUGUAAACGCUUAAUUAGCAUAAACGAACUACUUAACAAGAAAGGUAAACAACUCGGUCGGCAUUAUUUAUGAACACUGCACUGAACGUUAUUGUUAACCGACGAAGCCCCUUAAUGACUGCCGAGGGAACGAGCGAAAACAAAGAUUCUCGCAUUAAAACGAAUAAGGCGAUUAUAUCAUAAAUCACGUCGAUGGCCAAAGAUUUCUCGAAAGUAUAAUUUUUCUUUCUCUCUGGACGGUGAAAACUUUGCAAAUGUGUUUCAAUAAAAAUGUGUCCAAACACGACUUUUACCACUUUCUAAUACAUUUUUCCCUAGGAUAACUAAACUGUUCGAAUAAGCAUUAAUCUGACGCCUGGGACGUUUAAAUCACUUUGUGUGUGGAAAAAAGAAUCAUUAAAUACAAACUGUGUUUUGUAUUUCCUGAAUGUUUUCAUUGUGUGUAUUUCACGUUAAGGAUUUUUCCACGGAAAAUCGUACAAACGUUUUUGUAAAAUUUUAUGAUGAUAUAUAGUAUAUGUUAUUUAAAAAUCCUACUGUUCUACCACUUAUAAUAUUUAUAGUAAAAUAGAAAAAAAAAUUUAUU